AUGCAGCACUCACAGUUGGCUCCGUUGCCCAACGACGUGCCUUUCCGAAUUGUUUCCAAGACAAUCGGACAAGGUGCCUAUGCCUGCAUCAAAAAGGCCUGCCCCUUGGACUCGGACAACCCGGUCUUUGCAGUCAAAUACAUUCACAAGGAAUAUGCUGCAAAACACGGCAAGAUUAGCGCGCGCCAGCUGGCAUUGGAGGUGUCUGUGCACAAGCAUGUGACGGGGCACCCUAGUAUCAUCAGUUUCUACCAGACUGGAGAGGAUCCCAUCUGGCGAUGGAUCGCUAUGGAGUUGGCCGAAGGGGGUGACCUCUUCGACAAGAUCGAGGCCGAUGAAGGUGUGGGGGAGGAUGUUGCACAUGUCUACUUCUCGCAACUUGUGAGCGCCGUUAGCUUCAUGCACUCAAAGGGUGUCGGCCACCGUGACAUUAAGCCUGAGAAUAUGCUGCUCACCUCUGAUGGUAACCUCAAAAUUGCGGAUUUUGGCUUGGCCGCACUGUUCGAGUACAAAGGAUCUCGCAAGCUGUCUACAACCUUUUGCGGUAGCCCGCCAUAUAUCGCCCCAGAAGUAAUCAGUUGCAGCACACGAGGUCAGACCAAGGGAUCAGGAUAUCACCCGGAUAUAGUGGACAUCUGGUCUUGCGGUAUUGUUCUCUUUGUCCUGCUUGCCGGCAAUACUCCGUGGGAUAGCCCAACCGACGAUAGUUACGAAUUUCACGAAUACCUGGCUACAAAUGCACGCACAACGGAUGAACUAUGGCAAAAACUGCCUCCUGCCACUCUAUCUUUGCUCAGAGGCAUGCUGACCGUGGAUCCCAAAAACCGAUUUUCACUGGAGGAUGUACGAAGGCAUCCGUGGUAUACACGGUCCAACAAAUUCCUGUCGGCCGAUGGGAAGCUGAGGGAUCCAAUCAACUUGGCAACCUCAAUGUUUGAGUCUCUACACAUUGACUUUAGUCAGGACCCUCUUUCUCAAAAACGCAAGGGUGCUAGCCGAAGUCUUGAUACCAUGGACAUGAACAUGGAUGUCGACGGGGCUGGUGAUGCUGGAUUUUCUUCUACGCAACCCGAAAUGCCAGGUGGCGGUAUGGUGAUGGAUUGGGACGCUCCUAAUUUGGCGUCUGACGUUUUCUCCUCUACACAGCCCACCGGGAAACGAUUUAAUACCCAAGAGGCCGCCAUGACCAAUCAUCUUGAGGAUGAGCCGUCGAUGUCUCAGUUCUCCCAGCAACCAUCUGUGCCACUAAGCCGCACACAGAAUGCCAUGAAAUUCCAAGACAUUAUCCCGUCCCGCUCAAUGAACCGCUUUUAUUCAUCUUGGGAGCUCAAGCUUUUGGUGCCCUUGAUUUGUGAGGCUCUUCAUCGACUGGGAGUUCCGGUUCCAGCUGUCCCUGCUGUGAAGGCCGGAGAUACCUGUGCGAUGAUACGUGUGAUCACAAAAGAUGGCCGAUUAUGUCAAAUCCAGGGCAAGGUUCUCAUAGAAUGUGUCUCCGAAAACAUCUUCGAAGUUGAGUUUGUCAAAGUCAAAGGUGAUCCUCUAGAAUGGCGCCGAUUCUUCAAGAAAGUGACCAUUCUAUGCAAAGAUGCGGUAUUCAAACCCGAUGAAUGA